UGAGAUUUUAAGUCUUUAGCAACCACAGACCACAUUUACCUAAGCCAUUUAAUGAAAAAAAAUUGCCUAAAAAUUAUGAAUUUCAGUGGAAGCGAAUGUUGCGAAGCUGGUCAAUGCAGCGGGAACUCCCAAACAGAAUAGGAGAUUGAUGGCUAUAACCAGACAUCUGUGCACUUUUUCGUAAUUGAGUUUGACCUUACGCCACCUGAGAUUCUGAGGAAGAUGCAACAAAGGGCAGAAGUGGACCAGGUCGAGUCGUUUUGCCUUCGGAACGCCGCGGAGAUAAGUAGCAGAGAAACGGCGAUGGAGGUAUGCACUCGGGCAUCUGAAUUCCCAUUAGAUUCGUGGGCUCUUUGAUGCCUUUUCUCUGAAAAAGCCAGCAGAUCGAGAAGAUCAAUUUCUGUUUAAGGUCUGUUUGGGGAUUAGUGAUUGUUUAAUACAAGUUUGAAGGUGGGAAUUUUCUGUCAAUAAUGGCAUCAAGAUUUGAGAGUUCCAAGCAGUACUAUGCCACAAGCAGCCUUGUUGUUGGUUAUGCUCUUUGCUCUAGCCUCCUUGCUGUGAUCAACAAGUAUGCCAUCACAAAAUUCAAUUUCCCUGGCCUGUUGACUGCUCUUCAGUACCUUACAUCUGUAUUGGGUGUCUGGAUUCUGGGGAAGUUGGGGUUUCUUCACCAUGACCCUUUCUCCUGUGAGACAGCCAAGAAGUUCCUCCCUGCAGCUCUUGUAUUCUAUCUUGCAAUUUUCACAAACACAAACCUUCUUCGCCACGCAAAUGUGGACACCUUCAUCGUCUUCCGAUCGUUGACACCCCUCUUGGUCGCCAUUGCUGAUACUGUGUUCAGGAGACAGCCAUUGCCGUCUAAGUUUACUUUUGCGGCGUUGGUGACCAUCUUGGCAGGUGCAAUAGGGUACGUGGCCACUGAUUCAGCUUUCUCCCUCACCGCGUAUUCUUGGGCAUUUGCUUAUCUUGUUACCAUCACCACAGAGAUGGUUUAUAUCAAGCACAUGGUCACAAAUCUGGGGCUGAACACUUGGGGCUUUGUCUUCUACAACAAUUUGUUGUCAUUGAUGAUGGCACCUUUGUUUUGGAUCAUAACUGGAGAGUACAGUGAUGUGUUUUUGGCCAUCUAUGGGAUUGAGACGGGCCACUGGAUCAAACCUGGUGCAUUUUUAGCAGUCGGUUUGUCCUGUAUAUUUGGCUUGGCGAUCAGUUUCUUUGGUUUUGCAGCAAGGAAGGCUAUAUCAGCCACUGCUUUCACUGUAACUGGUGUUAUCAAUAAGUUUCUAACGGUGGCAAUUAAUGUUAUGAUCUGGGACAAACAUGCUAGCCCGUUGGGGUUGGUAUACUUGCUUUUCACCCUUCUAGGGGGAGUUCUCUACCAGCAGUCUGUAAGCGGAUCUCCUCCUCCUCCUCCUCCUCCUCCCCAGCAGCAGCAUGACAAAGUGGUGGCAAUGAAGCAGGCAGAUGAGACCGACAGCUAUGCUGAAGGUGAAACAGAUGACGAAGAAAAGAGGUUACUGAGUAAAUACUCAGGAGAAUGAUUUCUUGGAACUGUUGUCCCUUUUCUCUCACUGUUGAUUGGCACUCUUUGUAGUCCAAGUGGUACAGAUCUUCCCCAACAGGCUUCUAAGCACGUAUCUGAUAUGAAAUUCCAAGUUCUCGUCCAGAUUACAAUCUAUUUUUUAAAUUUCUGAUGUGUAGAAGGAUGUACAACCUCUAAUGUUGUAUGUUUUUUUUUUAUAAAUCAUUCCAUUUCUUUGAUAGCA